AUGGCCGCCGAGAAGACGCACUCAAUCCACACGACCGACACGUUCACGAACGACCGGUACGUGGAGCUCUUCUACCAGUCGGUCGUGCCGCAGAUCGAGACGCUGCAAGGCGUCAUCGUGUUUCUCCACGGUCUCGGCGACCACUCGUCGGGCUAUCUCGACUUUUUCGAGCGGCUCGCCGAGGCUGGCUACGCCGUCUUCGCGUUCGACUACAUUGGCCAUGGCAAAAGCGAGGGCGAGAGGGUCUACCUUGAGCGCAGCCUCUCGCUUUCGUGUGCGACCGAGCACAAACAAAUCGCAGCGGGCGAGAAGAAUGCGACGACGUUUGUCAACUGCCACAUCGAGGCCCCCAAGUGCGACGACAACGAGCGCCAGCCGAUCGACCUCGUCAUCACGACGCUGACGUUUCUGUCGCGGGAGCUCUCGGCCACGGACCGCGUGAGCUUGGUCGUGUACGACAGGGACGUGACGACCGUCCAACCCCUCACGCUCAUGACGCAUGACGGGAAGGCGCUCUUCGAAAAGCGCGUCCGCGCCAUUCAAGCCGGAACCUGCACGAACCUCAGUGGCGGUCUCUUCGCUGGUUUGGAUGAGAUUCAACGCCAUGAGCGAAGCGAUGGCGGGUCGCCCAACCCUAUCCGGUCGGUGCUCCUCUUGACGGAUGGACUUGCCAACUACGGAGUGGUAAAGUCGUUGCCGCUUUUAAGUAUCCUAGAGAGCUGCUACAACGACGCCCCCCAUCCCACCGAGCAAGCUAACGCUCCUCCGACCGGUAGACCCGAGCCGUCGUCGCCCGUGUCUCUCUUUACCUUUGGCUAUGGCGACAACCACGACGCCAAGCUCUUGCG